ACGUUCUGGAAACGAGGCAACAUUUUGCAUCGACUUGCAGCAGCUACUACAAAGAAUUGUUCUAGACUCCGAACACGAGGCAUUUCUCCGACCACUACAAAUCAAUUCUGCAAAGCCGACUGCCUGUGUUCUCUGUGAAUAAUACCGCAAACGUCUCAAAAUGGUGAAGGAAACCAAGUUCUAUGAUAUCCUUGGUGUGAAGCCAGGUGCUUCCCCUGAUGAGCUGAAGAAGGCGUACAGGAAAUUGGCUUUGAAAUAUCAUCCAGAUAAGAACCCAAAUGAGGGUGAGAAGUUCAAGCAGAUUUCUCAGGCCUAUGAGGUUCUCUCUGAUCCUGAGAAGAAGAGAAUCUAUGACCAAGGUGGAGAGCAGGCUCUCAAGGAAGGAGGUGGCGGCGGCGGUGGUUUCUCGAGUCCCAUGGACCUCUUCGAUAUGUUCUUUAACGGAGGUGGUGGUUUUGGUGGCGGCCGCGGCCGUGGCAGAAGGGAGAAGAGGGGCAAGGAUGUAGUCCACCAACUCAGCGUAACCCUUGAGGAACUGUACAAGGGUGCGGUGAGGAAGUUGGCGCUACAAAAGAAUGUUAUCUGUGAUAAAUGUGAAGGCCGCGGCGGCAAGAAAGGCGCCGUCGAGUCGUGCCCCACGUGCGGAGGAAGCGGUCUGCAAGUGCAAGUCCAACAACUUGGCCCAGGCAUGAUUCAGCAAAUUCAGUCGAUGUGCAGCGAUUGCCAAGGGCACGGCGAGAGGAUUAAUCCGAAGGACCGCUGCAAGAACUGCAAUGGCAAGAAGGUAGUUCGGGAUAGGAAGAUCUUAGAGGUUCAUGUCGACAAGGGCAUGACGGACGGACAAAGGAUUAUUUUUAACGGCGAAGGCGACCAGGAACCGGAACAUGAGGCUGGAGACAUUAUUAUUGUGUUGGACGAGAAGGCGCAUCCCUUGUACAAACGUUCCGGCAGCGAUCUGAUCAUCCGCUUGGAUCUGCAUCUGGCUGAAGCUCUCUGCGGCUACCAGCGACUCAUCAACACACUGGAUGGUCGCGAUUUAGUCAUCACUUGCAUUCCCGGAGAGGUCACCAAGCACGGUGACGUCAAGUGCAUCUUGAACGAAGGUAUGCCCACGUACAAGGAUCCCUUCCAGAAAGGACGCAUGAUCGUCCAGUUCCUGGUCGAAUUCCCGACCAGCAUCGAUCCUGCCAAGAUCCCUGCUUUAGAGCAGUGCCUACCACCUAGGCCUGAGAUUAUGAUCCCCGAUCAGGCGGAGGAGUGCUUCCUGGAGAACUUCGACACCGAGCAGGAGGCGAGGAGAAGGCACGACAACAUGCACGCUUACGAAGAGGACAACGAAGGACCCGGCGUGGGCCAGAGAGUGCAAUGCGCAACUCACUGAGAUCGUUAAAGAAGAAAAAAAAAACAAAAACUA